CCCAGGUGGAUGACCACUGCUUUAGGAUACAGCCAUGUGAACUUUUUUUGAGGCUGUAACCGUCUGCUGCUGCUCUAUUUAAUUUUUAUACAAGCUGUAAUGGACCGGUUAUUUGUAAACACUCCAAUGUCGUUUAGUUAACAUAUUUUGCUGCAAGGUGGACAGGCCUGAGGCCGUCACUCGGCGCUCCAGGCAGAAACCAUGCAGCAGAAAAGGAACAUCCAAAUCAUAGAAUGGGAGGACUUGGACAAGCGCAAGUUCUACUCUUUCGGUGUCUUCAUGACCAUGACCAUCCGUGCUACGGUCUACCCUGCCAUGCUCAUCCGCACCAGGCUGCAGGUUCAGAAGGGAAAAUCUCUCUAUAUUGGCACCUAUGACGCUUUCCGGAAAAUCCUGCGAGCCGAGGGGAUUAGGGGACUUUACCGGGGUUUCAUGGUGAAUACCUUCACGCUUAUAUCAGGGCAGGCAUACAUCACGACGUACGAGCUGGUGAGGAAGUACGUCUCCAGUUACUCCAAGGACAACACUGUAAAGUCGCUGGUGGCAGGAGGGUCAGCAUCGCUGGUGGCCCAGAGCAUCACAGUCCCCAUCGACAUGAUCUCUCAGCAGCUCAUGAUGCAGGGUGAAGGGGAGCAUCUGACACGCUUCAAAGUCAAACCAAAAGCGUCAUCUGGAGCGAAGCACAGAGUCACUUUUGGCCAGACGAGAGACAUUAUAGCUCAGAUAUUUGCAGCAGACGGCUUCCGUGGGUUUUACAGAGGAUACGUGGCAUCUCUUCUCACAUACAUACCCAACAGUGCAGUCUGGUGGCCUUUUUACCACUUUUACGCUGAACAGCUCUCCAAAAUGGCACCAAGUGACUGCCCACAUUUAGUAUUGCAAGCCAUGGCUGGACCACUAGCAGCUGCCACUGCCUCCACAGUCACCAAUCCAAUGGAUGUAGUCCGAGCCAGGGUUCAGGUUGAAGGCAGGACGUCAGUCAUUGAGACUUUCAAGGAGCUGCUCAGAGAAGAAGGAUUCUGGGGGAUGACCAAGGGUCUCUCUGCCCGCAUUAUAUCCUCCACUCCUACAGCAAUAGUCAUGGUGGUCGGCUACGAAACUCUGAAAAAACUAAGUCUCCGGCCGGAGCUGGUUGAUUCCAGACACUGGUAAAGGAGCAGUCAUGUCUCCGUUGUCUCACCAGUGAUUUCCUCUGUUCACAUCUUGCCUAAUGGCUUUUCAAAGUGUUGUUGUUGUAAUUUUAUAAUCGAUGCUAAAGUUAAUGUUUUAUUUGUCAUUAAUGUAAUUGAAUAUGUUUUAAGUGAGAAAUGCUGCUCAGGUCUGUGAGGAACUCUGCUUGCUUGAAAACUGUCAAAUAUUUAAUUGGAUAGAGGGGAACUUUUAUUGUGUAUUUUAAUGUAUUUUAUUUUGCUACAGACUAGGUAUUUGAGAAGUUUGUUUGAUUUCAGUGGGGUAACAUUUAUUUCAGGAUUGUUGUAGGUGGUACCUGCUACCUGUCCUUUGCCACUUGGUGUAUAGUACUACACUGGAUAAUGCUCCCACUUACAUUUCUUUACAAUUCUUAUUUCUAAUCAUGUGAAGAGUGUCUAAUUUUUAAAAGGUAAAAGCAUACUGGUUGCACAGGAUCUGUGAGGAAAUUUGCAAAGUGUGAGAUUGUAAUGCUCUCAAAAUUCACUAUAAAUAUAAACCUGUCAGAACGUU